GAAUCCAUGAGACUUCAGAACAUAAGCUUCUGUAAAUUCUACCCAAUGGCUUUCAUGUGGACCAACGGAGUCAAGUGAGCUAUUGUACAAACAAAAAUGUCUUUAGCAUACAAAAAGUGACCAAAUCAAUUGUAAGAUUUGAAAGCACACCAUUUGUACAGCCAGCACCCCUUCUUUAUUGUCUCAAACUCAAUUUGAGGCACUGGAUCACCUCCAAAGACCAGGAAGAGGAAUUUGAGGAGUAGUACUAGCAGGAGACUCAAGUGGAGAAUCCGGGUGGCCAUGAGAACAGCCAGGCGGGCCAGCACCGUGGAGGUGCCCUCUUUUCUGAGGCAGCUGGUGAAGGAAACUGAGAAGAUGGUUACCUUCUUCUUUAAAGGUGGGCGAAGGCACCCAGGGACCGAUGAGGAUGACUUUGAUAAUGAAGAGGACAUUCCCAGCCCCUACCUACAGAUGCCAAUUUUGAAUAAGGACACAGAAGAGGGGGGCUCAAAAUGUGGCAUUAACUACGCCAUGGCCAGUAUGCAGGGAUGGCGUGCCCAGAUGGAGGAUGCCCACACCUGCAUGCCAGAAAUGGCUGAUGGAUUUCCAGACUGGAGCUAUUUUGCUGUUUAUGAUGGACAUGCAGGGAGGACGGUGGCUCAGUAUUGCUCCAGACACCUGCUGGAUUUUAUUCUUGACACAGGUGGCGUAACGGUGGGUGAGGAUGUAGAACAGGUCAAAGGCGGCAUCAGAGAUGGCUUCCUUGGCAUCGACAGCCACAUGUACACCCUGGCCCGCAAUGAGAGCUGGGACCACAGUGGUUCAACAGCAGCUGCUGUUAUGAUCUCUCCACGGAACAUCUACUUCAUCAACUGCGGCGAUUCGAGGACCUUCCUCUGCAGGAAUGGCCAGGUGUUCUUCUACACAGAGGACCACAAACCCUUCAACCCACGUGAGAAAGAGCGCAUCCAGAAUGCUGGUGGAUCCGUCACCUUGCAGCGCAUCAAUGGCUCACUGGCCGUGUCUCGGGGUCUUGGCGACUUUGACUUUAAAGAGGUGGAAUGGAGGGCUCAGACUGAACAGUUGGUGUCACCUGAACCUGAGGUGUAUGAGCUGAAGAGGACUCCAGAAGAUGAGUUCUUGGUUGUGGCAUGUGAUGGUGUCUGGGAUGCCAUCAGUAAUGAGGAGUUGUGUGCGUUUGUACGCAACCGCCUGCAGGUCUGUGACGAUCUGAGGGACAUCUGUGCACAGGUCAUUGACCUCUGCCUAUAUAAGGGAAGUUUAGACAACAUCAGCAUCAUCAUCAUCUGCUUCGAUGGCGCCCCCAAGGUUAAACCGGAGGCACUGCAACAUGAGACAGAGCUGGAGCAAAUCAUUGAGCAAAAAGUGGAAGAGAUCAUUCAAAUUAUCAGAGCUAAAGAUAAGGAACCUGACCUGCUUUAUGUGAUGAAAUUUCUGGCAUCUGAGAACAUUCCGGGCCUUCCACCAGGUGGUGGCAUUUCAUGCAAGAGAGAUUGCAUAAUUGCCGCAUAUCAAAAAUAUGCAGCAGUCUUUAGAUCUACUGAGCAGAUGGAAACUGGCGGCUCGGAGGAUUCCAACUAGUGGCGGUUAACCUGGAAAUGGAAUCAAGCCUUGUAUCUCUGUAAACAUAAUAAUCAGAGGAGAAUAAUGAGAGGGACAUUUUCUGUGCCACCUGCUUUAAAGAGGUCAAACUGUUUAGCCAAACUGUACAAUGUUGUUUAUUGUAAACAUAAAGAGAUGGUGAAAUUAUCAAAGACUUUCAUGAAGGCAAAGCAUUCUCCAGUAGACACUGUGUUAAAGAAAUUGUACUUCUUUUGGAAUGCAUUCACUUUAUUUAAAUAACUUCACUUUACUAACAUUUCAUUUUUCUAAAUCUUCUGCAAUGAAUGCUUUUACAUAAUAUUGUGGUUCUGGAUUGUUUUACAGUUAACCAGGUUAACUAAAAGUUUAGCAUUAUUUGACAAGAUUUUUAUGACCCAUUUUUAUGAUUUAUGACACAAAUGUCUUUAAAGGAAUAUUCCGGGUUCAAUACUAGUUGAGUCAGUCGACAGCAUUUGUGGCAUAAUGUUGAUUACCACAAAAAAAAAAUUGACUCGUUCCUACUAUUCUUUAAAAAAAGCACAAAUCUGGAUUUCAGAGGGGCACUUAUAAUGGAAGUGAAUGGGGCAAAUUUUUGGAGGGUUUGAACAGAAAUGUGAAGCAUAUAAUUUUAUAAAAGCAGUUGCAUUAAUUCUUCGGUUAAAAUUUGUGUAUUAUUUGAGCUGUAAAUUUGUUAAAAAUCAUAAUUUUCACAGUCGUUUUAGGGUUUGUUUUGACAUUACAUCAUGGUAACAAAGUUGUAAAAUUGUUUAUAACUUUACACAGAAAAGGUUAGUAAGUGAUUUUAUCACAGUAAAAUCAUUUUUACACACAUAUUAUUUAUGUCUUGUAGCUAUAAUUUUGAAACAGUAAGUAUUUUAUUGUUACAUAAUUGCCCUUCCAUUGUAAGUACCUCACUGGAACCAAGAUUUUAUUUAUUUAUUUAUUUUUAAGAAAA